GUAAAGACAGACAAAUCGUUUUCCCAAUGAGACUGUAGAAGAGAGGAGCUAAUUGACCAAUGAGGACUGCGGGGCGGGAUCCUUUGCCGCGGCGGAGUCCAAGAUGGCGGCGUGCGGUUCCGCUGUGUGAAACGAGCGCGGGCCGGCGGAUUAAUCAUCUCCGCGGAGACGACCUCCGACGACCCGCAACAAUGAAGGGAAAAGAGCGCUCUCCAGUCAAGACCAAACGCUCCCGUGGAGGUGAGGACUCGACUUCCCGCGGGGAGCGGAGCAAGAAGUUAGGGGGCUCUGGUGGCAGCAAUGGGAGUAGCAGCGGAAAGACCGACAGCGGCGGCGGGUCGCGGCGCAGCCUUCAUCUGGACAAGUCCAGCAGCCGAGGUGGCAGCCGCGAGUAUGACACUGGCGGGGGCAGCUCCAGUAGCCGCUUGCAUAGUUACAGCUCUCCAAGCACCAAAAAUUCCUCGGGCGGGGGCGAGUCGCGCAGCAGCUCCCGGGGUGGAGGCGGGGAGUCACGUUCCUCUGGGGCCGCCUCCUCAGCUCCUGGCGGCGGGGACGGCGGGGAAUACAAGACACUGAAGAUCAGUGAGUUGGGGUCCCAGCUGAGUGACGAAGCGGUGGAGGACGGACUGUUUCACGAGUUCAAACGCUUCGGUGAUGUAAGUGUCAAAAUCAGUCAUCUCUCGGGUUCUGGCAGCGGGGAUGAGCGAGUAGCUUUUGUGAACUUCCGGCGGCCAGAGGACGCGCGGGCGGCCAAGCAUGCCCGAGGCCGCCUAGUGCUCUAUGACCGGCCCCUGAAGAUAGAAGCUGUGUAUGUGAGCCGGCGCCGCAGCCGCUCGCCUUUAGACAAAGAUACUUAUCCUCCGUCAGCCGGCGUGGUCGGGGCCUCGGUAGGUGGACACCGGCAUCCCCCUGGAGGAGGUGGAGGCCAGAGAUCACUUUCCCCUGGUGGCGCAGCCUUGGGGUACAGAGACUACCGGUUGCAGCAGUUGGCUCUUGGCCGCCUGCCCCCACCACCCCCGCCACCAUUGCCCCGUGAGCUGGAGAGAGAGCGAGACUACCCAUUCUAUGAGAGAGUGCGCCCAGCAUACAGUCUUGAGCCAAGGGUGGGAGCUGGAGCAGGUGCUGCUCCUUUCCGAGAAGUAGAUGAGAUCUCUCCUGAGGAUGAUCAGCGAGCUAACCGGACGCUUUUCUUGGGCAACCUAGACAUCACUGUGACAGAGAGUGAUCUAAGAAGGGCUUUUGACCGCUUUGGAGUCAUCACUGAGGUAGACAUCAAGAGGCCUUCUCGGGGCCAGACCAGUACCUAUGGCUUUCUCAAAUUUGAGAACCUAGACAUGUCUCACCGGGCCAAACUGGCAAUGUCUGGCAAAAUUAUUAUUCGGAAUCCUAUCAAAAUUGGUUAUGGUAAAGCUACACCCACCACCCGCCUCUGGGUAGGUGGUCUGGGACCUUGGGUGCCUCUCGCUGCCCUGGCACGAGAGUUUGACCGGUUUGGCACCAUUCGCACUAUAGACUACCGCAAAGGUGAUAGUUGGGCAUAUAUCCAAUAUGAAAGCCUCGAUGCAGCUCAUGCUGCCUGGACCCAUAUGCGUGGCUUCCCACUUGGUGGCCCAGAUCGUCGCCUUAGAGUAGACUUUGCAGAUACAGAACAUCGUUACCAGCAGCAAUAUCUGCAGCCUCUGCCCUUAACUCAUUAUGAAUUGGUGACAGAUGCUUUUGGACAUCGAGCACCUGACCCUUUGAGGGGUGCUCGGGAUAGGACACCACCCUUACUAUACAGAGAUCGUGACAGAGAUCUUUAUCCUGACUCUGACUGGGUGCCACCCCCACCCCCAGUCCGUGAACGCAGCACUCGGACUGCAGCCACUGCUGUGCCUGCUUAUGAGCCACUGGAUAGCCUGGAUCGCAGGCGAGAUGGCUGGUCUUUGGACCGGGACAGAGGCGAGCGAGAUCUUCCCAGCAGCAGAGACCAGCCUAGGAAGCGAAGGCCGCCUGAGGAGAGUGGGGGCCGGCACCUGGAUAGGUCUCCUGAGAGUGACCGUCCCCGAAAACGUCACUGUGCUCUUUCUCCCGACCGCAGCCCAGAAGUGAGCAGUAGCCGGGAUCGCUACAACAGUGACAAUGAUCGAUCUUCCCGUCUUCUUAUCUUGGAAAGGCCCUCUCCAGUCAGAGACAGACGAGGUAGUUUGGAGAAGAGCCAGGGUGACAAGCGAGACCGUAAAAACUCUGCAUCAGCUGAACGGGAUAGGAAGCACCGGACAGCGGCUCCCACUGAGGGAAAAAGCCCUCUGAAAAAAGAAGACCGGUCUGAUGGGAGUGCACCCAGCACCAGCACUGCUUCCUCAAAGCUAAAGUCCCCCUCCCAGAAACAGGAUGGUGGGACAGCCCCAACAGCUGCAGCCUCUCCCAAACUCUGUUUGGCCUGGCAGGGCAUGCUUCUGUUGAAGAACAGCAACUUUCCUUCCAACAUGCAUCUGUUGCAGGGUGACCUCCAAGUGGCUAGUAGUCUUCUUGUGGAGGGUGCAACGGGAGGCAAAGUAGCCCAGCUCAAGAUCACACAGCGUCUUCGUUUGGACCAGCCCAAGUUGGAUGAAGUAACUCGACGCAUCAAAGUGGCAGGGCCCAAUGGUUAUGCCAUUCUUCUGGCUGUGCCUGGAAGUUCUGACAGCAGGUCCUCCUCUUCCUCAGCCACAUCAGACACUGCCACCUCUACUCAGAGGCCACUUAGGAACCUUGUGUCCUAUUUAAAGCAAAAGCAGGCCGCUGGGGUGAUAAGCCUCCCUGUGGGGGGCAACAAAGACAAGGAAAACACCGGGGUCCUACAUGCUUUCCCACCCUGUGAGUUCUCCCAGCAGUUCCUGGAUUCCCCUGCCAAGGCACUGGCCAAAUCUGAAGAAGAUUACCUGGUCAUGAUCAUUGUCCGUGCAAAACUGGUGAACUGCGGAUCGAAGAUAUGGAAUUCAAAGCUCUAAUGGACCUUUUUGAAGAGAAGUUGUGGCUUAUGUGGAGUUUACAUGGGCCUCUUGAUGGAAGAAAGCUAAUCUGUUUAGUAUUUGUGCAUUUUACUAAAAUGGCAGCUUAAAGUUGUGUAUCUGCUAUUGUGAUGCCAAUGCCGGUGUUUUAAGUGGAAAAAAAAUGACCUCUUGCUUUGUGCUGUGUACACAAGAUUUCUGGAAAAGUAAAGAAAAACCCUUUUUAUGGCUCACACAGCUUAAAAGUAGCUGUCACUCAAACGUGCGCUCACAGUUGAGCUGCUUUUGUUUUAUUCUAAAUAAAUUGUU